UGGUGCAGGAAGAGCUGGAUGCCCUCCUGGAGCAGCAAAGCACUAUAGAGAACAAGAUGGUCGCGCUUCAUCGCAUGGGCCCUAAUUUGCAGCUUAUCGAGGGGGAUGCCCAGCAGUUGGCGGGGAUGAUCACCUUCACCUGUAACCUGGCCGAGAACGUCAGCAGUAAAGUCCGCCAGCUUGACCUUGCCAAGAAUCGACUCUAUCAGGCCAUUCAGAGAGCUGAUGACAUCCUUGACCUGAAGUUCUGCAUGGAUGGAGUUCAAACAGCCCUGCGAAAUGAGGACUAUGAACAAGCAGCAGCUCAUAUCCAUCGCUAUCUGUCUCUGGACAAAUCAGUGAUUGAACUCAGUCGUCAGGGCAAGGAAGGGGGCAUAAUUGAUGCCAACCUGAAGCUCCUGCAGGAAGCAGAGCAGCGCCUGAAGACGAUUGUCACAGAGAAAUUCGACACAGCUAUGAAGCAAGGAGACCUGCCCCAGGUGGAACGGUUCUUCAAGAUCUUUCCUCUGCUAGGCUUACAUGAAGAGGGGCUGAGCAAGUUCUCGGAGUACCUCUGCGAGCAGGUGGCCAACAAAGCAGAAGAGAACCUGCAGCUGGUGAUGGGGACAGACAUGAGUGACCGUCGAGCUGCUGUCAUCUUUGCGGACACCCUGACGCUCCUCUUUGAAGGGAUUGCUCGUGUUGUGGAGACCCACCAGCCCAUUGUGGAGACCUACUACGGGCCAGGGAGGCUGUACACCCUCAUCAAGCACCUGCAAGUGGAGUGUGACCGGCAGGUGGAAAAAGUGGUGGACAAGUUCAUCAAAGAGAGGGACUAUCACAGGCAGUUCCAGCAAGUUCAGAAUAGCAUGAUAAGAAGUUCUUCUGCAGAGAAGAUUGAACCAAGGGAACUUGACCCUAUUUUAACAGAAGUCACUCUGAUGAACGCCCGCAGUGAGCUCUACUUGAGGUUCAUCAAGAGACGAAUAAUAGCCGAUUUUGAGGUGGGAGACUCCAUGGCCUCAGAGGAGGUAAAGCAAGAGCAUCAAAAAUACCUGGACAAGCUCCUCAACAACUGUUUGCUGAGCCGCACCAUGCAAGAGCUCAUUGGCUACUACAUCACCAUGGAGGAAUACUUCAUGAGGGAGACUGUCAACAAGGCUGUUGCCAUGGACAGCUAUGAGAAGGGCCAGCUCACCUCCAGCAUGGUGGAUGAUGUGUUUUAUAUAGUGAAGAAGUGCAUCGGGCGUGCUCUGUCCAGCUCCAGCAUAGACUGUCUCUGUGCCAUGAUCAACCACUCCACCACCGAGCUGGAGUCUGACUUCAGGGAGGUUCUGUACAACAAGCUGAAGCAGGGCUUUCCAGCCACGACCUUCCAGGACUUCCAGAGAGGGGUGACCAGUGCUGUGAACAUCAUGCACAGCAGCCUGCAGCAGGGCAAGUUCGACACCAAAGGCAUUGAAAGCACCGACGAGGCCAAGCAGUCCUUUCUGGUGACCUUAAACAAUGUGGAAGUCUGCAGCGAGAACAUCAUGACUCUAAAGAAGACUUUGGAGAGUGACUGCAGCAAACUGCUUAGCCAAGGCUUCGGGGGUGAGCAAGCGCAGGCCAAGAUUGACAGCUGCCUCUCCGACAUGGCUGCAGUCUCCAACAAAUUUCGUGACCUGCUGCAGGAAGGUCUCAACGAGCUGAACAGCACAGCCAUCAAACCCCAGGUGAAGCCCUGGAUCAACCUAUUCCUGUCUGUCUCCCACAACAUCGAGGAGGAGGAGUUCAGUGACUAUGAAGCUAAUGAUCCCUGGGUCCAGCAGUUCAUCGUCAAUCUGGAACAGCAGAUGACAGAGUUCAAGGCUGGGCUGUCUCCAGUGAUUUACGAUACCCUCACUGGUCUCAUGACCAGUCUCAUUGCCAUCGAACUGGAGAAAGUGCUGCUCAAAUCCACCUUCAGCAGGCUUGGCGGUCUGCAGUUUGACAAGGAGCUGAGGUCGCUCAUAGCUUAUCUCACCACGGUCACCACUUGGACUAUCCGCGACAAGUUUGCCCGUCUUUCCCAGAUGGCCACCAUCCUCAAUCUGGAAAGGGUGACGGAGAUCCUGGAUUACUGGGGCCCGAACUCCGGCCCGCUCACCUGGCGCCUCACUCCCGCCGAGGUCCUGUCUCUCCGACUCGACUUCCGCAGCGAGGAUAUCAAGCGGCUGCGCCUGUAGUGGGUCAGUGCUCGGGUCAGCACCGCGCUGGAGGUGACCGGCAGGACGGCUG